UUUCCAUCUGUAUAUAUAUGUACUACCACUGCUUAGUUUCCAACCAGUUCCUAUAUAUAAUCAGGUUUUGAUUAUCUAGAUCAUCCUUUUACAAUCAGUCUACAUAUCAUCAUGGGUGUGACAAGCAUUUCACAGGAGUUCUUGUGCCCGAUUGCCCCAUCGCGCAUGUUCAAGGCUUUGAUCAUAGACUCUAAGAACUUGAUCCCAAAGCUGUUGCCCCAAUUCAUAGCAAGCGUUGAGGUAACUCAAGGAGAUGGCGGAGCAGGAAGCAUUGAACAAGUCAACUUCACAGAAGGUAGCCAUUUCAAAUACGUCAAGCACAGAAUCGAUGAACUCGACCAGGACAAUUUUGUGUGCAAGUACACUAUGAUUGAGGGAGAUGCAUUAGGUGACAAGCUUGAGUCUAUUGGCUAUGAGGUCAAGUUUGAGGCAGCUAGUGAUGGGAGCUCUAUCUGCAAGAUGACAAGUAAUUACAACCCCAUUGGAGAAGCUGAGGUCAAGGAAGAGGAGAUUAUAGCAGGAAAGAAUAGUGCUAUGGGGAUUUACGAAGUAGUUGAAACCUUCCUCGUAGAGAACCCAAAUGUUUAUUCUUGAAUUGGAUCAU